AUGUUAGACUUUGUAAACAAAGCAAAGUGGGAUGCAUGGAAUUCACUGGGAGACUUAUCCAAGGUAAGUGUCUUAUUUCUGUUUUUGUAA